AUGAGCGUCAUCCAGAACGUUGUCAUCGCUGGUGCCACGGGAAACCUCGGUGGAGCCAUCCUGUCUGCACUUCUGUCAUCCGGUCGAUUCAACGUGACUGCAUUUUCUCGUGACGGGUCCAAAUCUGUGCCCUCUGGAGUGACCUGUAUACAGGUGGACUACGACUCUAUUCCCAAUCUGGCUUCCCAUCUAGCCGGCCAGGAUGCCGUCGUCUCCGUGCUAGGAACCCUGGCCAUGGACGCACAGAAGAACCUUAUCCAGGCAGCUGCCAAUGCAAAGGUUACUCGUUUCAUCCCUUCAGAGUUCGGAUCGGACCUCGAGAAUGCAGAAAACCGUUCGUUUCCGGUGUUUGCUGGGAAGGUGGAGUCCCAGAACAUUCUAAAAAGUCUCGCCGAUGAAGGCCGGAUGACGUACACAUUCGUCUCCAAUGGGGCCUUCCUGGACUGGGGACUGAAAGUUGGUUUUAUUCUCGACCUUAAAAACCGAAAAGCAGUGCUCCAUGAUGGAGGAAAUAGAAAGUUUUCAGCGACUACACUUGCAACUGUCGGUAAAACUGUGGUCGGUAUUCUUACCCAUGCUGAAGAGACCAAGAAUCGAUUGGUCAAGGUUAGCGAAUUUGGAUCUACCCUCAAAGAGCUCCUUCAGUUGUCACAGAGUAUCACUGGGGCAGACGGUUGGGACAUUACAGUGUCUGAUACCGCAGUGGCAACAAAGAAAGCUAUGGAGCUGGUCAAACAGGGGGUCUACACCGACGAAUCCAUGUUUCCUUUUGUGUUCAAGGCGAUUUGGGGUUAUGAGAAUGGGGGGUUCUAUAGUGAAAACGACAACGAGCUCUUGGGAAUUGAGCAGCUAAGCUUGCCAAAUGUGAAGGAGAUUAUCUUGAAGAUCGCUCAGGACAAUCCAUGA